AUGCCAGAGAAUCUCUUUGCCAACGCUGCCGACAUCGAUUACUUGGCCGGGGUCAAUGACAUGGAUGGGCACAUCUUUGCUGGUGUGGAUUUACCYGCCAUCAACCGCCCGCUGGUCAAAAUCACUGCGGAGCAGGUCUAUGAUUUGAUCAAAGGCCUCACUGUGGACAGGGGUGAGGCUGGAGCCAAUGCCACCUAUGAUAUCUACACCCAGAGCUGGGGUGAAAAACCAAAGCAGGAGGUUAUGAAGAAGACAGUGGUGGAGCUGAUCACUGACUACAUCUUCCUGGUUCCCACACAGUGGGCACUCAACCUGCACCUGCAGAAUGCCCGGAGUGGCAAGACCUACAGCUAUGUGUUCUCCCAGCCGUCCCGCAUGCCCGUGUACCCCAGCUGGGUGGGGGCAGACCACACUGAUGACCUGCAGUACGUGUUUGGGAAGCCUUUUGCCACCCCCCUGGGCUACCUGCCCAAGCACAGGACUGUCUCAAAGGCCAUGAUUGCUUACUGGACCAAUUUCGCCAGGACCGGUGAUCCCAACAAAGGCCAUUCGGAUGUGCCCGUUUCCUGGCCAGCCUACACCAACAAGGACAAGUACUACCUGGACAUCCACAGCAAGAUGAACAAGAAAUCUGUGAAGCAGGACCUGAGAUCCGAGUAUGUGACUUUCUGGAACUCAGUCUAUCGGAAGCUGCCACAGGUUGCCAACAUCUCCCAGUCGGAGCUGAUGUUCUGAA